AUGAAUCUUCAGUUCUUCAGCCACUUCUUCUUCUCCUUGUCUCUCCUCGUCUUUUCUUGGCACUUGGCGCUGCUUAGCAGUACCAGCUACAUCACCGCUGCUUUUACGUUUGCUUCUGGAUAUCCUGGGCUUGAAAUAAAAGACAUUGCACUACUGCACUCUAUACAGUACUGCACAGGAGCGGAGCGGGGCGGGGGGGGGGGGGGGGGGGACGGCCCUGAAGUCCGAGAACGGGCCGAAGAAUACGGAGUUCGGUCCUUUGGUACGGAAGACAGACCAACAGAUCGUCCAAUACCACCUCGAGAUGAAGUCUUUGAAUACAUUAUAUUCCGUGGGAGUGAUAUUAAAGACCUCACUGUUUGUGAGCCACCAAAACCACAAUGUUCUUUGCCUCAGGACCCAGCUAUUGUUCAGUCUUCACUAGGCUCAUCUACUUCUUCAUUCCAGUCAGUGGGCGCCUAUGGACCUUUUGGCAGGAUGCCAAUGUACAGUCAAUUCAGUCCAAGCUCAUUAGUUGGGCAGCAGUUUGGGGCUGUUGGUGUUGCUGGAAGCUCCUUGACAUCCUUUGGAACGGAAGCAUCAAACAGCAGUACCCUAUCCCAAAGUAGUGCAGUUGGUUCUGCCUUUACACAGGAUACAAGAUCUCUAAAAACACAGUUAUCUCAGGGUCAUUCAAGCCCUCAGUUAGAUCUGAGAAAAAGCCCAACCAUGGAACAAGCAGUACAGACCGCCUCGGCCCACUUACCUGCUCCAGCACCUGUUGGGAGAAGGAGCCCUGUACCACCCAGGCCUUUACCAUCUACCAGCCAAAAAGCAAUAGAGAAUCAAGAGCACAGGCGAGCUGAGGUACACAAAGUGUCAAGACCAGAAAAUGAGCAACUCAGAAAUGACAGCAAGAGACAAAUAGUUCCAGGUGCUCCUUCAGCUCCAAGGAGAGGGCGUGGGGGUCAUCGAGGUGGCAGGGGAAGAUUUGGUAUUCGACGAGAUGGUCCAAUGAAAUUUGAGAAAGAUUUUGACUUUGAAAGUGCAAAUGCACAAUUUAACAAGGAAGAAAUAGACAGAGAGUUUCAUAAUAAACUUAAAUUGAAGGAAGAUAAACUUGAGAAACAGGAGAAGCCUGUAAAUGGUGAAGAUAAAGGAGACUCAGGAGUUGAUACCCAAAACAGUGAAGGAAAUGCAGAUGAAGAAGAUCCACUUGGACCUAACUGCUAUUAUGACAAAACUAAAUCCUUCUUUGAUAAUAUUUCUUGUGAUGAUAAUAGAGAACGGAGACCAACCUGGGCUGAAGAAAGAAGAUUAAAUGCAGAAACAUUUGGAAUCCCGCUUCGUCCAAACCGUGGCCGUGGAGGGUACAGAGGUAGAGGAGGUCUUGGUUUCCGUGGUGGCCGAGGACGUGGUAGUGGCCGAGGUGGUACCUUUACCACUCCUCGAGGAUUUCGUGGUGGAUUCAGAGGAGGUCGUGGGGGCAGGGAGUUUGCAGAUUUUGAAUAUAGGAAAGACAACAAAGUUGCUGCAUAGUCUGCAAAGAAGUCUUUGAAAAUAGAUGGAUUUCUGGCUCUUCGUGGUCCUGAGAAUUGGUUUCAGUCUUUGAGAAGAAUGAAAAAGUGAAUUUGCUGUAUAUUUGUCACCAGCACUGGGUUUUUGUUUGUUUGUUUUUCUGCUUAAUUUCAAAGAUACAAUACAGUUAAUUUUGGGGGUGGGAGGGAAGGCUCAUCUUAAGAAGUGAGCACUAAAUAUAUUUGGAAUAGCAGAAGGUUAAGUAAUUUCUUAUGUAUAGUUAAACUAAAGCAGUACUCCACUGAAACUUAUAAGUAUUUUUUCAUCACUGAAAGGAUUUUUCUUAUCACUAAAUUGUAUUUGGCAAUUAUUGCAAGUUGCCUGCAGAUAGGGCCGUGAUACUGUGUUUUGAGCCACAGAAGGUUGUGUGUGUGUGUGUGUGUGUGUGUGUGUGUGUGUGUGUGUGUGUGUACCUGUCUGUCUGUCUGUAUCUUUCUUUGUUUUUCUUUCUUUCUUUUUUUGGAAAUCCUGUAAUAUCCCUUUUGAGGUGGCUUAUUUCGUCAAUUAAUUAGGGUGCUGGAUGGUAGAGAAUUUUGUCAGUCAACUAUGUACACACAGUAAAUACUGUUUCUUAGGCAAAGGUAACUUUUUUAUAUAGUUGUAAAAUUCCAUUAUAUCCCAUUGCCAAAGAAACAUUAAGAACUUUGUAUAGCUGUAUAAAAAGCAACUAAUUUUUUAAAGAAUAAACAUUUUAAAGUCAGCAAACAUACUGUGUCCUUGCAGAAGUUGAUGCACUGAGGAGCAGAGC